AGCGGGAAACAAGUUAGCCGCGGCUAGCAGGCUAGCUAAAGAAGCAAACGGCGAGCACGCUGGCCAAAUAAGGCGCCGCCCAAGACGCCAGGAUGCCACGGGAAAUCAUAACGCUACAGCUUGGACAGUGCGGCAACCAAAUCGGCUUUGAGUUUUGGAAGCAGCUCUGUGCAGAGCACGGCAUCAGUCCGGAGGGCAUCGUCGAGGAGUUUGCCACCGAAGGGACCGACAGAAAGGAUGUUUUCUUCUACCAGGCCGAUGACGAGCACUACAUCCCCCGUGCGGUCCUGCUGGAUCUGGAGCCUCGCGUGAUCCACUCCAUCCUCAACUCUCCUUACGCCAACCUGUACAACCCUGAAAACAUUUACCUGUCCGAGCACGGCGGAGGGGCAGGGAACAACUGGGCCAGCGGGUACUCGCAGGGGAAAAAAAUCCAAGAGGACAUUUUCGACAUCAUUGACCGCGAAGCAGAUGGGAGCGACAGUCUGGAGGGUUUCGUCCUGUGUCAUUCCAUCGCCGGGGGCACGGGAUCCGGUCUGGGGUCCUACCUGCUGGAGAAGCUUAACGACAGGUACCCGAAGAAGCUGGUGCAGACCUACUCGGUCUUCCCGAACCAGGACGAAAUGAGCGACGUGGUGGUGCAGCCGUACAACUCGCUGCUGACGCUCAAGAGGCUGACGCAGAACGCCGACUGCGUGGUGGUGCUGGACAACACGGCGCUGAAUCGCAUCGCCACCGACAGGCUGCACAUCCAGAACCCUUCCUUCUCGCAGAUCAACCAGCUGGUGUCCACCAUCAUGUCGGCGAGCACCACGACCCUGCGCUACCCGGGGUACAUGAACAACGACCUCAUCGGGCUCAUCGCCUCGCUCAUCCCCACGCCGCGCCUCCACUUCCUGAUGACGGGCUACACGCCGCUCACCACCGACCAGUCCGUCGCCAGCGUGAGGAAGACCACCGUGCUGGACGUGAUGAGGAGGCUCCUGCAGCCCAAGAACGUGAUGGUGUCCACGGGGAGAGAACGUCAGCCCAGCCACUGUUACAUCGCCAUCCUCAACAUCAUCCAGGGGGAGGUGGACCCCACUCAGGUGCACAAAAGCCUCCAGAGGAUCCGGGAGCGCAAACUAGCCAGUUUCAUCCCCUGGGGUCCCGCCAGCAUCCAGGUGGCGCUGUCCAGGAAGUCGCCGUACCUGCCGUCAGCCCACCGGGUCAGCGGCCUCAUGAUGGCCAAUCACACAAGCAUCUCCUCACUGUUCGAGCGGACGUGCCGGCAGUACGACAAGCUGCGUAAGCGCGAGGCCUUCCUGGAGCAGUUCCGCAAGGAGGACAUCUUUAAGGACAACUUCGACGAGCUGGACAACUCGCGGGAGGUGGUGCAGCAGCUGGUGGACGAGUACAGCGCCGCCACCAGGCCCGACUACAUCUCGUGGGGAACGCAGGAGCAGUGAGCGCAGGCCGUUUGUUGGCAUCUCUCACGAAAUGAGUGUCCCGUUGUCUCACGGUUUCUAGCACUGACACGCAACUUAUCGGCCCGGUUCGAUACUUUUCGGCACUUCCCACCGAACCGUCCACCGCAGCCUCGGGAGCCACGGCGCAAUGCAUCAUGGGUAGCUGCGGCCAGUGAGAAUGAUCCGCUUGUGAGUCCUUGUGCUUGUCAAAUGUAUUUUUAAAAGGCAGGUUCCGCAGCUGGCAAAUAGAACACACUUCCUUCGGUCCGAUAGAAAAUGGCCGCAUCGACAAAGACGAUCGAGGUGCUUUAUGAAUGACGCCGUCGCAAAAUGACUCAAAUUAAUAUUGGGAGUGUACCUAAUAAUGUGGCCAGCGAGUGCGCGGGUCACGUUUUAUUUUACGUUACUUUUUGGCCCUAUUUAAAAUGUACAAUAAAGAUGAUUUUGAUGAUAA